AAGUAUGUAUUUGUGAUCGAAUUCUGUCUUGUGAAUUCAUUUAGAUACCAAUUUAUUUGUAUUGACUCUUUUCAACAAUAAUCAGCUAUAACGACGAUGGAACUAUAAAUACAGUCACUCUCUGUCAGUGUGUAUAUACAUAAUUCGACGUUUGGAUCUUUUUUCAUGGACAACUGUUUUUAGGUUAUAUUUAUAACGAAAUAUGAAAGGUUUGUAUCAUAGGAAUUCUUUAAUAAUAAGGAAGUUACAUGCUUGCGCUACAUUAUUCCGACAAACGCCACAAAAUUUGAAAGGGAAAAAGCACAGUUCCCAGUUAUGGCUUACAAGACAGAUAAAAGAUCCUUAUGUAGAAAUGGCAAAACAAGAAAACUAUAGAUGCAGAAGUGCUUUCAAGUUAGUGGAAAUAAAUGAAAGAUUCAAGAUACUUAGUCCUGGACAAGUUGUGAUCGACUGUGGUGCUGCACCUGGCAGUUGGACACAGGUUGCGGUCAAGGAAACAAAUGCAGAUGGGAAGACUGACGAUCUUAUUGGAAAGGUAGUGGCAAUAGAUAAGCUGUCAAUCCAUCCCAUCCAAGGUGCAAGUAUAUUAAGUAAAAUGGACUUUACAAAUGUUGCAUCUCAAAGUGAACUGUUGAACAUGUUAAAUGGUCAAAAAGCUGAUGUAGUUUUGUCAGAUAUGGCACCUAAUGCGUGCGGUGUAAGAAACUUAGAUCAUGAUAAUAUAAUAAAACUUGCGUAUGCUGCUAUGAAGUUUGCCUUGCAAGUCACACGAAUAGAUGGAACGUUGCUUUGUAAAGUAUGGGAAGGAGGAAUGUCUCAGCAACUGGAGAAAGAUUUAUUAAGGUUUUACAAAACCGUUAAAAGUGUAAGACCUCAGGCAACAAGAGAUGAAUCGACGGAGAAGUUUUUCCUAGCCAGGGGAUUCAGAGGAGUAAAAAAUACAGCCGAUGGUACAAUGUAACAUGCAGUUUCAUUAACAAUUAAAAUUAUGUACAAUAAAAAAUGUUUAAUGAGUAAAAUGGUUUGUAACGCAGUCGCGUAUCAUGCCUGGACAGAUUGUGUAAAUAAUAACAAAGCGCAAACAUUUCGGUAUAAGACUGACGAUCGAGUGAUUCUGUGAACUUCUUCCAUUUGCGAUCUAACAAGACUCCUACACAACACGACAAAUAUAAUAUACAUCAAUAUAUUUUAGCUAUAAAUAAUACAAUAAUAUUUAAUACAGUUACAAUUAAUACACGUUAAGACGCCGAUGACGUUUCUUAAUUACGCUUGUAUAUACAAUUCUCUUUUAAUAAAAUUAAUAUGUACACGGGUUUAACAUUCAGUAGAUGAGAAACAGAGAUUACACACCACAUCGAAGCGUACGCAGAGCAAUUGAAAUUACUGGCCGCGAUGUCAGAUUCGUAAUUUCAUUUCUGAAUUAUACGUGAAUAGAUCACCACGUAGGAAAUUACAUUUCGACUAAAAUC